UGGCAACAGUGCUCUGAGGGCGGCCGGGGAGAGGAGAGAGAGUUGCUCUGCGGGAACCUCGUAAUCAAUACAGUAUUUUGUGUGUGUGUGCUGCUUCGCUGGACCUCCCUCGCCAUGUCCAAGAAUAAACUCAACCUCAAGCUGCCACCGGGAUCCAUUGAGCAGACCAACGACCAUGAGAACCACAGCGGCAGCGACACACCCCAGAGGAAGGCCAGCACAGGGGCCACUGGUAGCUUUGGAUCAGUAUCCCUGGAGUCACUGCUUAAAUGCAUCCAGGAGUUAGACAUGGAUGACACCCAGCGACGCCGCAUGGAGAUCUUCCUCAACCAGAAGCAGAAAGUUGGUGAGCUGAAUGCAGAUGACUUUGAGAAGUUGGGUGAGCUUGGUGCCGGCAAUGGAGGUGUGGUGAACAAGGAGCGGCACAAACCCUCAGGACUCAUCAUGGCGCGUAAGCUCAUCCAUCUUGAGGUCAAGCCAGCCAUCAGAAACCAGAUUAUCCGAGAGUUGAAGGUCCUACAUGAGUGUAAUUCACCCUUCAUUGUGGGCUUCUAUGGGGCCUUCUACAGUGAGGGUGAGAUCUCUAUUUGUAUGGAGUACAUGGAUGGAGGAUCCUUGGAUCUGUGCCUCAAGAAAGCCAUUCGCAUUCCAGAACCAAUACUAGCCAAAAUAUGCUCUACUGUCCUCAAGGGGCUGGCCUACCUGCGUGAGAAGCACCAGAUCAUCCAUCGUGACGUCAAGCCAUCCAAUAUCCUUGUCAACUCCCGAGGUGAAAUCAAGAUCUGUGACUUUGGCGUCUCUGGUCAGCUGAUUGACAGCAUGGCCAACACCUUCGUGGGCACUCGCAGCUAUAUGUCAGGUGAAGUUCCCGUUGAGAGAUUGGCAACUUCACUGUACUUUUAUUUCGAGCCUGAGCGACUCAAUGGUGAUCACUACUCUGUGGCCAGUGACAUCUGGAGCCUUGGCCUGUCCCUGGUGGAAAUGGCCAUUGGCAUGUACCCUAUCCCACCUCCAGACCCAAGCACCCUAAAGAAGAUAUUUGGGUCCAAAGUGGAGAGUGUCAGCCCUUCCCCCACUUCACGCUCCCCAAGAUCAGCUGGCCUGCCUGGGGAACCGAGACCUAUGGCCAUCUUUGAGCUGCUGGACUACAUAGUGAAUGAGCCUCCACCACGGCUUCCUCCUGGAGUGUUCUCACCAGAGUUUAUUGACUUGGUGGACCGGUGCCUUAAGAAGAGUCCCAGUGAACGGGCUGAUCUCACCACACUGCAGAACCAUGAAUGGAUAAAGAAUGCUGAGAGGGAAGAUGUGGACAUAGCUGGAUGGGUGUGCAAGACCAUGGACAUCACUCCAUCUACUCCCACUAAACCAUCAGCGGAGGGAAACUGUUGAUCAUCUAAUCCUCUCUCUGCGCAGUGAGAUGAGGCGAGUGCCCACCCUACUGGCUGGAAGAGCUGCUGCUGGAGCCCUUACCACCAUUGUUACCACCACCGUCACCACCAACCACCACCACACCACCACCACCACCACCACCACCACCCUUUAACAUUUGGUGUAAUGUUAUUGUUUCCUUGUGAGUUGUCACUGUGUCAAUGUGUGUCCAGACAUGACAGCCCCAUCUCUCAGCCAGGCUUCAUUGGAAGCUGACUAAUUCAACAGUCACAUGUUAAGGCUGUGUUAGUCAGCAGCCUUAAGGCCCAGGUAAGGGAGAAAGGAAGGCACAGCAGACUUGUCUCAUGAGGUCAGAACUUAUUAAGGAAGAUGAAGGUAAGGUGUGUGUGUAUGGUGUGGUGUGUGUGUGUGUGUGUGUGUGUGUGUGUGUGUGUGUGUGAGAGAGAGAGAGAGAGAGAGAGAGAGAGAGAGAGAGAGAGAGAGAGAGAGAGAGAGAGAGAGAGUGAAUGAGUGAGUGAGUGAGUGAGUGAUUUUGAAAUAAUAGAUGGUGGGGUUGGAGAAAGUGUGAAGUGGUGGGACAUGAGAGGUUGUUGUGACAUACUACUGUAUUAGCUAAUGUACAGCACUAGUUGUUUAUUCAUCAAAAGAGCUUGAUGGCAAGGAACAGAAUCACCAUGAAGUUUUUGUCCUAUGGAUUCUGUCUGCCACAAAACUUAUUACAUUGGCAUGAUUUUUUUCUGUGUAAGACUAAAAUUUAUUGUCAUACAGUAUUCAUGGAAUCAGAAUUUAUUGAAGAUUGAAUUUUUUUUUGUACAUAGCAAAUGCACUCAAACUCUAACUAAUCUGCAAAUAAUUUUUACUUGCAAGUUUUAAUUAAUUUUACUUCAUAAAAAGAGCUGGCUUGUCUUGUCAGUUAGCUUUUAUUUAUUUAUUUUUACAGUCCUUCCUAUUGAAAAUACAAAAUGGAAUAUAAGUCCAUAAUUACAAUAUUGUUCAUUGCUUAAUUGUGUUCUCAGUACUGGGAAGGCUCAAACAGCAUUACUAGGCUGACUCUUGUGUAUGACCAGUGAGAGGCUUUAGAUGAUUUUAUAAGAUAUCCCCAAAGUAUACAUUGUGAUGGGUUGUUCCUAUCAGAGUGAGGGUUGGUGAUCUCUUUUUCUACAGCCAUUUCUGUCAUUAGCUUUUAUUAUCCAUUCACCCCAAGAGUGGCAUCAGGUUUGGGAAUCAUGUUCACUUUAAUCAACCAGUUUUGUGUCCCAUUCUGUGAUGAGGAACUAAUGCUGUGUGGCUGGUUGGCUUCAUGGAGACUGGGUAGCUUGUUGAGUGAAUGACAUGAUACAUUAGCUCAGUCAUGGGAUAUUCUGCAGAGUCAGGAUGGGAUAGCAGUGAUGUUUUGGAGUGUUAGGGAUAUGCAUCCUUGUGGUAUUUACUUGGGUGGCUGCCUUUUUAUGUGUUGGGUCUGUUGUGGGUACUAGCACCCUUGGGAUGAACCCAUUCCCACCCUAGUCAUGAUGGAUGUAGAUAAAAGUGGUCCUGGCUUGGAAGCAAUGGUUGGUGUAAUAUACACUAGUGACAGAAUGAUGAAUGACAUUGGAAUGUAUUUGACCACCUAAUAAGCAUCGCCUAUUUGCUGACUAGCCAUGGCAUGAAUCCUCAUUACCAGUCAGGCUUAUUGGUAGUCUCAGUUAUCAAUAUUUUCCUAGUAACUUUGGACAUCUCCAGCUACUGCUUUGAUUUCCUGUCACUUGUUUAUCCUUCUCUGUGCAGGAAACAUGUAUAUGAUGAUGAUGAUAGUGUUAUUAUUAUGCUUGAAUCUCAGACAGAACACAACACAAAAACACAUGGUGACACAUGCAUAACCAGAACUACUUGACUGCAUAGCAAGCUUCUUGUGAAUGCUGCCUUGACUGAUAUUUAAGGUAAUGCUUGCUGAACAGGUUAUAUAAAAAUUAUAAGCUUGAAUUUUUUAGGCAUAUUUGACUAUAAUUUACCUUGAAGCAUGUUGGAUUGCAGCAUUGGACAACUGUAAACUUUGAGGCUUAAAAUUACUCCAGUUUAGGUAUUAGCUUAAAUGACACACACCUAAAAUCUACUUAAAAAUAGUUAGAAGCAUUUGAUAACUGGAGUAGCAUUGAAUGGCCCACUAUUUGAAUUAUUGAACUCUAGAAGUUUCAGUGCUUUAUAAUGAAUCAGUUGGCAAGUAAUCUGUGGAGCUUGGCCAAAUGUAGCACCACAUGCCCUGCCACUGAUAGCUGUCAAUAACCUUGUGACCAUGCUAGGUUUUAAGACAGCCACGUAUUUUGUGUGUUUAGCCUUCACCCCACAUACUAUAUGUUUUAAAUAUUAUACUUAUUGUUCGCGACUUAACAUGUUAUGCUUGGGGCAGGGUGAUAAACAAUGUAGUCUUUGGGUUUUAUUUCUGAUACUUUGACUGAUGGCGAAUCCAUAUUUAAGUUCUUUGAAAUAAAAUCACAAAGUUCAAUCUUGUUCAUUGCUGCCCCCACCAUCCAAUGUUCUUUAAUUGAAUUCUUUGACAAGUGUUUGAUUCUGUAAUGCUUAAUAUUUACUUUUGUGUUCUGAAAGAAUGUUCCAUUUUUGUAGUUGGACCAAAUAUUAAGAUUUAUAUUUCCUAAAGCUGCUCUCAUCAUUAAUUUCUAAAUGCAUAUAUUCUAUCAUUUUAAUUGUAAUUGUACAGUAAAACCUCUGUGUUCUGGACUAACUAGUCCUGACUCUCUGCCCAAAGUGACUAUAGGUCCAGAUUGAGAGAUGAAUCCCAUUUUUGCAUGACUCAGUAUGAAGUGAAACCAAAAGUAUGAUCUCUACUCAUACCAGCCUGUUUAAAUGUUUAAGACAUUCCUUAAUACUAUAUAGUGUGUGUGUGUGUGUGUGUGUGUGUGUGUGUGUGUGUAAGAGUGUGUGAGAGUGAGAGAGAUGUUAAUAUAAUCUAAAGAGAUUAUCAGUUUAUUUCCUGCAGCACUUUGUUUAUUUUGAAGAAGGAAUAUAUUAUCCUGUUAUCAUGAAACACUACCCUUCUGCAGGUUAGUAAUGUUGAAGUUAAAGUCAGAAGAUAAGGGUCAAUAGGUAUAUCUUUUGUCAGAUACAAGACUGUAUCAGAUGAUUUACUUAUAAAAAGUUUGAAAAGUAAUGAACAAAUGACAGUAAACUUAUUCACAACUUUGUUGUCAAGGAUCAUUUUUGUUGUUUCCAGAUGUUGUGUUUGUGUAACCUUCUUUGUGUAGCUUUUUUGUGUAGAGUGUUGUGCUAUAGUUGUGUGUGGUGUUGAAGAAGCAGAUAUGGAUAGGAAAAGUGAAACCUUUGUAAAAUUUGCUUGCCAUUUCUACCUAAUUCAAAAUGUUCAGUGUUGGAGAAGUAUAUUGCAAUUGUUAUUGCAAUCAUAAAAUGAACUUAUUCCUUUUCCCUUUGAGAGAAGCCAUCUAGAUUCUCUGGGUGUUUCAAAAUGUUAUACCCAGUAUGGAAGAGUUUGGAAUACAGAGGUUUUACUGUAUUUCACUGUAUGGUAGGAACUUCUUUCAGCUAAAGAUAGACAAAACUGCUAAGAAUGUGUGUGUGUGUGUGUGUGUGUGUGUGUGUGUGUGUGUGUGUGUGUGUGUGUGCAUGCAUGCACAUUCUUCAAAGAAGUAAAGAAUAAGCUACAUGGAAACAAGAGUUGGCAUUGUUAUGUGUGCAUUCAUUUUAAAUUUUACUUCUGAAAUGAAGUGACUCAGUGUCUUGUGAAGACCCUCUCAUGUGAUUAUUUCCACCAACAUGACACACUUCUUUUGACAUGUUGGGGGAAGCAUGUUUCAACUGACAAACUGUUUUCAAUUCUGAUCAAAGGCAGAUUGUUAGUUAAAAAUGUGCCAUUCUUUUUGAUAUCAUGCUUAAAAUACGUCACUGGAAAUAUGCUGUGGGCCUUCAGCCUAUGACAUCAUCUUCUAAGAUGAUGUUAGCUUCUGCUACUUGAGUCCCCACCUCCCUCACCCAGGUAGAGACAAAAUACCCUUUGUUGUCAGAAAGGUAGAUUAUUUUCUGUGGGCAAAUGUGUGAACAUCCUAUCCAGGAUCAAGUUUUCUCAUAUGCAAAGUCAUUUUCAGGAAAUGUCUUGGUGUUGAAAUAGUUGUAAGCUUUUAAAUUUUCAUUCCCUAUAAAAAGCGUAAUGUUUAAAGAUCCUGUGUAAAAUCUGUGAUCUGUAUGUAAUUUUUGUGGGAAAAUAAAAGGGAGAGGGAAUCUUAGCUUUCCAAAAAAGUGUAAUAAAAGACACCUCAGGGUGAUAGAUAGACUAAUUAGUUAUUCUUCUAUUAAGUUCGUAGUCAAAUUAAAGUUAUGUAUUAUUGGUUAUGGAAGUGAAGGACCAAUCUAAAUAUUACUAGAGAUAGAGACUUACCAGAGUAGACCCCAGACAAGCCAGCACACCAGUGGCCAUUGAGGCUGGGUUUUGUAAGCAGUCACUCGGGAUCUGUUAAAAUAUAUUUUUCUGCAGAAUGCCGAUAACAUGGUCAGAUCCUCAGGAGUUUGACAUGUGAGUAAGUGAGCCUGACAUUGGGUAGGGGGUGAGGGUGAGCUUGCCUUACUGUCCUGUGCUGUGUUGGGACAUCUGUGUGCAUCUUCCCUUUUGGGCACAAAGCAUUUGGUGAUGUAGAUGGGAGAUUUGCUAAUCGAAAACUUUAAUUAAUUAUUUAUGUUGACAUGUUUUGGCAGUUUAUCAAUCAUUGUAUGCAUUAUUUUACCAAUAUGUAGUGGUAGAAGUCAAUAAUGUCUUGAGGCAUUGCUAAAUUUGCCAAAGAGUGAUGUGUGUGUUUACUGUGGUGUUGAAAGACAGGUGUCAGCACUUCCUGUUAAAUGGCAUUUCAGUGGUUGAAAAUUAUAUAUAUAUAUAUAUAUAUAUAUAUAUAUAUAUAUAUAUAUAUAUAUAUAUAUAUAUAUAUAUAUAUAUAUAUUGCCUACUCAUUUGAGCUUCGCUCAUACAGAAAUCAUUCAUUAUUGCGCGAAUUGAUUUUUAUUACUGUAAUUUAAUAUCAACUAUAUGGCCUCUUGUGACAAAAAUGAUCACAAAUAAAUUUUUGUUAAUUUCUUCUUUUAUAUUUUUUACCUUAGAAGAUUAUAUUGGAAGCGGAAUGGUUGAGAUAUGUGAUAGAAAGUCGUGAUUUAUUUAUAUAGUUUAUCAUGUCAUGUAUUCAUAUCAUGUAAUGACUUCUGACAGAAGGGCUGUGCAUGUUACUGUUAUGGAUAUACAUGUUAUAUGUUUUAUGUAAGUUAUCAAUGAAGGCUAAAUUGAUGUGUAGAGUUAGGUACACUUAUUUUAAAGUAAACUUUUUUAAUACAUGUCAUUUCAAUAAACAUAUUUUCAGAA